GGUGCGCACUUCUCACUAUAUUAUCCUGCACAUCACGACACUUCUGUUUCCCCUCUCUUUGCGACGUUGGCUUCGCUACGUCAGCUGGCCUCACAGUACGGCUCCUCCCUUUCUCCUCGCACGAAAAUGGCCGGUGGGACUCUCUACACGUACCCUGACAACUGGAGGGCAUACAAGUCCCUCAUCGCUGCUCAGUAUUCAGGGUUUUCCAUCAAAGUUGCCUCUACCUCUCCGGAAUUCCAGUUUGGCGUAACUAACAAGACUCCAGAAUUCCUCAAGAAAUUCCCACUUGGAAAGGUCCCAGCAUUUGAGGGAGAUGACGGCUUUUGCCUGUUCGAGAGCAACGCCAUCGCUCAUUACGUGGCCAAUGAGGAGCUCCGCGGCACAAGCCGUGUGCACCAGGCUCAGAUCAUUCAGUGGGUCAGCUUCUCAGACAGUCACAUUGUCCCCCCGGCCAGCGCUUGGGUCUUCCCCACUUUGGGAAUCAUGCAGUACAACAAGCAGGCUACAGAACAAGCCAAGGAAGAGGUGAAGCUUCUGCUGGGUUCUCUAGAUGAGCAUCUGAAGACACGGACGUUCCUGGUGGGCGAGCGGAUCACACUAGCUGACAUCACUGUCAGCUGCUCUCUUCUGUGGCUUUACAAACAGGUCCUUGACCCGGCUUUCCGUCAGCCCUUUGCAAAUGUCACAAGGUGGUUUGUCACUUGUGUGAAUCAGCCACAAUUCCACGCUGUGCUGGGGGAGGUGAAACUCAGUGACAAGAUGGCACAGUUUGACGCCAAGAAGUUUGCAGAUAUGCAGCCCAAGAAAGAUGCACCCAAGAAAGAUAAACCAGCAAAAGAGCCCAAGAAAGAGGAGAAGAAGAAACCUGCCCCUGCCCCCGAGGAGGAGCUAGAUGAGGCUGAGCAGGCUCUGGCAGCGGAGCCUAAAGCUAAGGAUCCCUAUGCCCACCUCCCCAAGAGCUCUUUCGUUAUGGAUGAGUUUAAGAGAAAAUAUUCCAACGAGGACACGCUGACUGUUGCUCUGCCUUACUUCUGGGAGCACUUUGACAAGGAGGGCUGGUCCAUCUGGUAUGCAGAGUAUCGCUUCCCUGAGGAGCUGUCGCAGACCUUCAUGAGCUGCAAUCUAAUUACCGGUAUGUUCCAGCGUCUGGACAAAUUGCGUAAAACCGGUUUUGCCAGCGUCAUUUUGUCCGGGUCCAAUAAUGAUAGCAUCAUCUCCGGCGUGUGGGUCUUCAGAGGCCAGGACUUGGCGUUCACAUUGUCUGAGGAUUGGCAAAUUGACUACGAAUCCUACACCUGGAGGAAGCUGGACUCUGACAGCGAGGAGUGCAAGACAUUGGUGAAGGAAUAUUUCUGCUGGGAGGGCGAAUUUAAACACGUAGGGAAACCCUUUAACCAGGGCAAGAUCUUCAAAUAAGGACCCAGGGGAGGGAGAGAGAGCGGUCUGUCACCUGGAGAGUUGGUUGGGUGGUGAUAUUUUGUUUUCUCCUAAAAACCCAAAACCAACAACUUUUUAAUUUAAGGCCGCAAACAGAAAAAAUAAAAAAAACUCAAGUUAAA